ACAUCUCUUUAAACGCCAAAAUCACGCUCUCCUCGUUAUUCUCCGGCGGAUCAAAUCGGAAUUCAAUUUUUCGGCUUUGUGAUUUAGCAUGAGGAUUAUUGGAUUGACAGGAGGAAUUGGUUCGGGCAAGAGCACAGUCUCCAAUCUGUUUAAAGCUCAUGGUAUUCCCGUAGUUGAUGCUGACGUCGUUGCUCGCAGUGUUCUGAAGAAAGGCACUGGUGGUUGGAGAAAAGUGGUGGGUGCAUUUGGGGACGACAUUUUGCUGCCUAAUGGAGAAGUUGAUCGACCGAAGUUGGGGCAGGUCGUAUUUAACGAUCCUGAUAAGCGCCAGCUGCUUAAUAGGUUGCUGGCCCCCUAUAUUUCAUCUGGGAUUUUCCUGGAAGUGUUCAAGCUGUGGAUGAAGGGCUAUAAAAUUAUUGUUCUUGAUGUUCCUCUGUUGUUUGAGGCCAAGAUGGAUAAGUGGACUAAGCCCAUUAUUGUGGUAUGGGUUGAUCCUGACACUCAGCUUCAGCGUCUCAUGGAAAGAGAUGGAACAACAGCCGAAGACGCAAAGAGUAGGAUCAAUGCUCAGAUGCCUCUGGAUUUGAAAAGGACUAAAGCCGAUAUUGUGAUUGAUAACUCAGGAUCAUUAGAAGAUUUGAAAGAACACUUCAGAGAGGUACUAGUCCAUGUGCGAAAACCGUUGACGUGGACUGAGUUUGGGCUUUCUAGAGAUGGGGCUCUUGUGGCUUUUGUUUCUAUUCUUUUUGGUGUCAUUGUAUGCCGGAAAGCUUUGUGAUUGACAUGAUCUCAGCCAUGGUGAUAAGUUUAUAAACUUUUGAUGGUUAAAUUGGCUGUCAGAUAAUUCUUAUGUGCUAAUGAUUUUCUCAUGGACAGCAUUAUCUAAUAUGUGAACUGUACAAAUGCUAAAUAUGUAUGUGCUUACAUGUAGUGACUUCAUCGAUCUGAGUUUUAUGGACCUUUAAGUUUCAUAAAUAAUUGUUAUUUCUUGCUGGUAUGAGUGAUCAAGUAAGUUGUUGAGUACUUGCACUUUUUUUGGAUAUUGGAGAUGGCAUUUUCUUUUACUCAAGG